AUGGCCUCCUCGGAAGAUGUCUUUCCCACUGAGCUGCCAGAUUGGAACAAUCUGAACGUGCUUCACAAGAGCACGCUUACCCCUCGCGCCUACUUUCACAACUAUAUCUCCGAAGCCGACGCUCUCUCGUACGACGUGAACAAAUCGAAAACCCACAGCUUAAGCGGCACCUGGAAGUUUCAGCUUUCGAAUUCGCCCUUCGAAGCUGCAGCGGGGUUCGAGGCUCCCUCGUUCGACUGCUCAUCAUGGGAUGACAUCGCCAUCCCGGGCAUGUGGCAGCUGCAAGGCUUUGGAAAAGGUCCGCAGUACACGAACGUAAAAUAUCCAAUCCCCGUAGACCCUCCUAACGUCCCCUUCACGGACAAUGAGACCGGCUCUUACGUGAAGAAGUUUAAGAUUCCGGAGAGCUUGAAGGGCGAUCAGAUCAGGUUGAGAUUCGAGGGCGUCGAUUCUUCAUAUCAUGUCUGGGUGAAUGGGAAGGAGGUGGGAUACUCUCAGGGCAGCAGAAACCCCGAUGAAUUCGAUAUCACCGAGUUCGUGCACCAGGAUGGCGGGAACACUCUCGCAGUGAGAGUGUAUCAGUGGUGCGACGGGACUUAUAUUGAGGAUCAGGACCAGUGGUGGCUAAGUGGCAUGCAAGUCUUUCGUGAUGUGUUUCUUGUGGGUUUCCCUCCUCUUUCGCGCGUUGAAAACCUCCACGUGCAGACUUUCCUGGAUCCGUUCUACGUCAAUGCGGAGCUCCAGAUCAAGGUUGACACAACCGGCUCCGGAACCAUCGGUGUCAAGCUUCUGGACCCGCAGCAGAAGGAAAUCGCGCAUCUGACCACGGAAGUAACCGAAAACCGUGUUAAAAUGUGGAUCCCCGUUGAAAACCCACUGAAGUGGACGGCCGAGUCGCCGCAUCUGUACCACUUGCUCGUCACACUCAACUCGGAACAACACAUUAGCCACCGCAUCGGCUUUCGCCAAGUCGAAAUAAAAGACGGCCUGCUCAAAGUGAAUGGCAAGCGCAUCGUCUUCCGCGGCGUGAAUAGGCACGAACACCACCCCAAGUACGGUCGCACAGUACCACUCGAGUUCCUCAAGCAAGAUCUGCUGCUCAUGAAAUGCCACAACAUCAACGCCAUCCGGACAUCGCACCAACCGAACGAUCCGCGCCUGUACGAUCUCGCAGACGAAAUGGGUUUUUGGGUCAUGGAUGAAGCGGAUCUGGAAUGCCACGGCUUCGACACUAUCGCUAGUGCUGCGCUUUCGGACGAGGAUCGCAAAUUGCCGUUCCGCGAACGUCAACUGCAGACUAGGUACAGAGCGGCAGAGUGGACGACCAACAACCCCGAGUGGUGUGAUGCGUACGUGGACCGAGCUAAGCACCUCGUCAAGCGCGAUCAGCUUCAUCCUUCCGUCAUCGUGUGGAGCCUAGGGAACGAGGCGUUCUUCGGGCGGAACUUCAAGGCAAUGUAUGAGUGGAUCAAGGGGUAUGAUGAUAGUAGGCCGAUUCAUUACGAGGCCGAUAUUUUUGCGGAGACGAUGGAUAUGUAUUCAAGGAUGUACCCCCCACUCGAGGAGGUUAUAAAGUUUGGAGAGGAUGAUAGUAAGACAAAGCCGUUGGUGCUUUGCGAAUUUGUGCACGCCAUGGGCAAUGGGCCCGGAAACAUCCAAGAAUACAUCGACGCGUUUUAUCAGUAUCCAAAACUACAAGGCGGUUUCGCCUGGGAGUGGGCGAACCAUGGCCUCCUCACUAGAGAUAAGCAGACCGGAGAAGAGUUCUACGGAUAUGGCGGAGAUUUUGGCGAAGAGGUGCACGACGGCACUUUCGUGAUGGACGGCCUCGUCAACUCCGACCACAUGCCCAAUUCAGGGUUGAUUGAAUACAAGAAGGCGAUUGAACCGGUUCGGCUCAUGCAGGCUAGCAAGUCUAAGGCCACAUUCAUCAACCGCUACGACUUUGUCACGUUGGACCAUCUCACAUGCCAAUACUCCCUGAGCACGGAGCUCGGCUUGGACGGCCCAUUAGGCUUGCUUGACAUGCCUUCAAACGUCGGCCCCGGUCAAACAUUCGACCUAGAACUGCCCGAUAUACCAUCUUCCGACCACGAAACUCAUCUAAACCUCUCCUUCCAACUCAAAACUGGUACCUCAUACCUAGAAAAAGGUUUCGAAAUCGCAACCGCGCAGAUCCCUAUCAGCACACCCACCCGUCUUCACAAACCCUCGCCCUCCACAAAACAUCUAGCCAUCCUGCCAAUAACCACGCAUCUCCUCCACAUCCAGGGCGGGGAAUCUGUCUGGAGUUUCUACAGCCUAGAUGGAAGGGUCAGCUGGCUCGCGAACGACACCAAGAUCCUCACUUCGCCUCCGCAACUCACUUUCUUCCGCGCCCCAACCGACAACGACAUCCCACAAGACGGUCGCGACUGGAAAGAAAAACUCCUUCACCUGGCCAAACCCUCCACCCGGGCCGUUGAAUUCUCGCGGCCAAGCCUGAAUGAGUACCUCAUCACGGUCCACCAGCGCAUCGCUCCACCGGUCCUCUCGUGGUCCAUCGAUUGCGUGCUGACGUACAAAUUUGCGAAUGACGGGUCGCUCCGGAUCCACGUCACCGGUACGCCGAGGGGCGAGAAUCCUCCCAAGACACUUCCGCGAAUUGGUCUCGUCAUGGGUCUCCCGAACGAAUGGCAGCGCGUGGAGUGGUUCGGCCGCGGGCCAGGGGAAUCGUACCGCGAUAGCAAAAACGCGCAACUCGUUGGACUCCACACUGUGCCCCAUGUUGAGCAGCUUUGGACGGACUACGAGGUCCCGCAGGAGAGUUCGAAUCGCACUGAUACACGCUGGCUGAAACUGCGCAACGGCUCCGCUACCCUCCUAGUGCAGUUGAUAGAAAAAGGCGCAGAGGAGAGACGGCUGUUCGAUUUCCAGGCGAGCCAUUAUCGAAUGGAAGAUGUAGCGGGCGCUAAACAUCCCCAUGAGCUGAGGAGAAAGAAGAAAGAAGAAGUGAUACUGAGGUUAGAUGCGCAGCACCAUGGACUAGGGAGUGGGAGUUGCGGGCCAAAGACGCUGGCUCAGUAUGCGUUGCAGACCGCGCCCUUUGAGUUUGAGGUGCUGCUGCAGUGCUAUUAG